AUGACUCGGCCCCCUCCCGGCGUGAGCUUCGCGCAGUUCUUUCCCAACGCCCCCAAAGUGAGGGCAGAAGCCAAGGGCCGGGCAGAUCGCGAGCGUUCAAGUCGCAACAGCAUUCCAGGCCGUGAUUCCAAUAGGGAUCCCGCCUCUGGUGCGCCGGAUGCAAACGCGGCAGCCCUCGCUGGGCCGUCUCAUUGCGGCAUCUUAUCGGAUAGCCCCCGCCCUCAGUCUGACGACCACGACCUUCCUUCCGGAGACAUUCUUGAUACCAUUGGGUCUGCUAGCUCGCAUACAAGUACUGCCUCAUCCGUGUUCAGUAAUUCGCAAAGGGCAAUCACGGCGGCUGCCUCAUCCUACAUAUCCACUAGCACUACGCCUCUAGCCCCUCGAGAUUCAUCGGCUUACUCACCCGCCCCUCCAUGUUCAAAAUCAUCAGACAUGCCUCCUUUGGCGAUGAUCGAUCACGGCCUCGGAAAGGCCCAUGCCGCAACUGUCAGCCAACGCCAAGAUGUUCCGGUUUCACUCAACCAACAUAUCAACCGUCUCCCCGCUCGAGAUGCGCUUCCAUCAAUCAAAGGCAAGAAGUGCACAUAUGAUCCGAUCCUCGAUCGAGCUCGCAAUAAAGGCGUCAGUAAGAGCGCCAAACCGGUAUUCGAAGAAUUUGGACUUGAUGAUGACGCCCCCCCUCCAGACCCUCGUUUGCAACGGCCCGGAGGUCGCCUCGGUUAUAUCAAUACCGAUUAUUAUUUGCCCAAAGCCCGAUUACGGCAUGCUCCAGAGAAUCUUAAGCCCUAUCCGUAUGAUCCCAAGACAUCAAUAGGGCCUGGUCCGCCAACGCAAAUCCUUGUGACACGAUACAAUCCCCUGGUCCCAUUUAACAAGGUGACGGCAGUUUUCGCAACCUUUGGGGAAAUUGCCGAGAGCAGCAACAAGAUGCAUCCGGAUACAGGAAGCUAUUUGGGCUUUGCCACGAUUCGCUAUCGGGAUGCCAAGCACCCUGGGAGACCACCAGUCUCGGCAAUCGACGCCGCGCGUCGUGCCGUCCGAACCCGAGGCAUCAAGAUCGACGCGGAUAUUGUUCGAGUUGAGUAUGAUCCAGAGGGGCGCAAGAGCAGGCGCAUGCUGGAGGAACAUCUCAAGAUAGAGCGAGAAAAAUACAACAAGGAGACGAGGGCUCGUGAGCAAGCCGCCGCCGCCAAAGCUCCACCGACAGGGCCCAAAUCAGGGCCCCAGGCCGUUCCGUUUGUGCGACCUCCACCAACGGCACCUAAGGGACCAGCGUGUCCGGCGCAAAGAUUAGGCCCCGUAGGAGCUGUGGUUGCAGCUCCGCAACCCAUUACGGUUGAGCAACAGAGGCUACAAGGAGCUAUUGAGUCACGAAACCUUGCCUCUGUGCUGUCAAACGAUCCCUACAUCUUCAUUGCCUCUGAAGAUGUUCCCAUUCUACCCAGCAUCAUCCCCCACAUGAAGAAACGGCUGAAGAAUUACGCAUUCGAAGAGAUUCGUCUCGAUCGCACCGGCUUCUACGUCGUGUUCCGAAACUCAUUCUCAGGGAAAUCAGAGGCAGAACGAUGCUACCGAGCCGUCAAUCACACCGAAUUCUUCAAUUACGACCUGGCGAUGCAGCUGUGCUUGCCCCGUCCGACCCGCGGAUCAGAUGCCAACAACGGCAAACGAAGUCCCGGCCCGUACAGGGGCAGGGGCAGGGAAACAGAGAGGGAUGAGGGCACGACCACCAUCCGCCGACGGCGCGAGGAAUCGAAACGACGCCAUCGAGAAGAAGAAGCGGAUCUCGAAGAAGAAAAGAAGCAAAGAGCUAAGAACUUUGACCCGGUCUUCGAGGCAGUGGAAGUGGUUCGUCGGGAGAUGACUGAGCAUUUAAUUCGGCACAUUCGGACUCAAGUCGCUGCCCCGUGUCUCUCCGACUUUCUCAACCCAGCAAACCAUGUCGCCAAGCGACGCAAGCUCAAUCUCGAUCAUGCUGACGACGAGGACGACGAGGAUAGCAUUAACUCUCUAGGGGCCAGGACACCAAACUCGGGAACAGAUCCCAUUGAACGAAGAACCGGCCGCCUCGAACCGAAGGCGCUCCCCAGGAUACGAAAGGCGAAAGCGAAGGGCCACCGCAGCAUGUUUGUGGACCCCUUCUCUCGGAAACGUCAACCCGUCGUAAGGUCCGCGUUUCGGUCUCUCCAUCAUCGCCUCAAGAGCCUCGACAGCGAUUUCGAGUCCGACGACGACACUGACGCCAGAGCGCUGGCUGUUGGCGACACGGAAGAACCUGAAUCGCGGCCUCGCAGUCGUAUGAGCACUGACGAUGAGUUUGGCUCUUGGGGCCGCCGCGAUGAAGACUCGAUGACCGAGUCUAGUCUGGCUUUUGUUGAUAAAUUGUCUUCGAAAAAACGCAAACUGGAAGGUUCCGUCGAAACCGCCUUUAAGCGCCAAAAGAAGUCUGACGAAGAGUUGUUUGGGGUCCGGGUCACCCCCGCCGGCGCAGAUGUUGACACACGGGGGGUUUCUGGGGAGACUGGGGCUGACUUUGAUUUCGCGGGAGAUCAUGGGGACAGUGUACCUCGAUCUGAAACGCCGCUACUGCUCGCCGUGAAAGACGCAAAGAAGAAGGCGGUGAAACCGAAGAAGAAAACGAAGAAGCAACUAUUGGAAGAGCAGGAAGAACUGAAGAAGAAGCAAGAAGCGGAAGCUGGAGCGGAGGCAGAGGCUGACGCGGCUGAUGAAGAAGAGUUGGAAAAGGCUCCUUUGCCAGACGGGGUUCAUGGCGUCAAGUCACCCCGGACCGAGGCACCGCCUGAAAAGUUUAACGAGGCACUCUUUUCGACAGAAGCGCUUACUACUGCACUCGAAUUGCCGGAUGACUUUACACCAGACAUCUCCUCUCUACACGGCCUGGCUCUUGGCCUCAGGGACAAGCCCGAUGUCGCCAAGCUGCAGAAGAAGUUUGGCGUUGGCGACGUCGGAAACCCGGAGCUUUGGUUAUGGAAGCGAAACCGCGUCCGAGAGUUGAACUCGGAGGAUAAUUCUACGGAUUUCCCGGUGACCAUCGAGGGAUACUACGUUCCCAGCGCCACAGGAUGCGCCCGAACUGAAGGGGUCAAGAAAAUCCUCAAUUCUGAAAAGUCCAAAUACCUUCCACAUCACAUCAAGGUCCAGAAGGCCCGGGAAGAGCGCGAGGCUCGCUCCAAGAAGAACACCAAGGACGGCAUGGGGGCCGCCUCGGAGGCUGCCAAACUCGCCGCCGAGAAGAUUGCCAAGGGAAAUUCCCGCGCGAAUCGCGCAACGAACCGCCGCUACGUGGCCGACUUGAACGACCAGAAAAAGUCCCUUGGGCAGGACUCGGAGGUGUUCAAGUUCAACCAGCUGAAGAAGCGGAAGAAGCCGGUCAAGUUUGCGCGGUCCGCCAUUCACAACUGGGGCCUGUACGCCAUGGAGAACAUCAACAAGGACGACAUGAUUAUCGAGUACGUGGGCGAGGAAGUGCGCCAGCAGAUUGCAGAGAUCCGAGAGAAGCGGUACCUCAAGAGCGGCAUCGGAAGCAGCUAUCUGUUCCGCAUCGACGACGACACCGUCAUCGAUGCGACCAAGAAGGGGGGCAUUGCUCGAUUCAUCAACCACAGCUGCAUGCCCAACUGCACAGCCAAGAUUAUCAAGGUCGAGGGCAGCAAGAGAAUCGUCAUAUAUGCCCUCCGUGACAUUGUUCUGAAUGAAGAGUUGACAUACGACUACAAAUUCGAGCGAGAAAUCGGUAGUCUAGACCGCAUUCCUUGUCUUUGUAAUACAGCCGCGUGCAAAGGCUUCCUCAACUAA